GGAUCCGACUUCCGAUCCCCGCCAGCACCAACUAUCCCGCGAAGAGAACCCCACUGCCGCGGCCGGAAAUCUCACCAGUCAGUUCAUCCACCUAGCUCGCCGUCUCGUCGCCAACCACCCUCCUCUCGCCGGGGAGGUGAUCCCGCCAUGGCCUCCUGGCUCAAGGUCGCCGAAGACUUGCUCGAAGUGGUUGACCGGAGGGCGAAAAGCGUGGCCACGGAGCUGUCCGAUGAGCAGCCUGCUCCUCAGCCUCCAGGAUCGGGUGGCCAAGAAGGUCAAGCAAAGAGGGGAAAGCCCAGGGAGAAGGGUCCAAUGAAGCUCACUACUGGGGAUGCAGGUAACAGAGCAGCGGCUCAGAAGGAGAGAAAAAACAGGCAACCUCCGCGGGAGAGGAUUAAGAUUGAGAAGAUCAAACCUUCGACGCGUGCAGAUUCAUCAAAUGAUGAUGCUAUUGCUAUUGCUAGUGCCAGUGAACCUGAAGUCACUUCAAUUGAUGUUAAGGGAGCGAACGCUGGGAGCACAUCCGAGAAAGCAGAGAGCACCACUGCUGACCUUAAAAAUGACACAACUGCUAAUGCUAUCGAUAAUGCGGUUGAAGUCCAGUCAAUGGAGAAAACCCCUGAGGAUACAGGUCCCAUCACGGAUCAUUUCGCAGAUUCUGGACAUUUGGAGAGUGCUUCUGAAACCUCUGCUCCUUCAGUUCCAGACGAAAAAAAUGAGCCUAGCAGCAGUAGCCAGUCCCCUGAGAUUGGUUUUACAGUAAGUUCGGAGGAUAAAGACACGGAUGUGGCUGUUAUCCAGGAGAGAAAUAUCUCUGGAGUACCCGAUACACAAGGUUCUGGCAAGUUCCAAGAUUCGAAGAAGGAUAAUCUGUCAGAUUCACCAGAGAUCACACAAAAUCAACAGGAACAUAAGUCUGAUUCAGUUCCUCUGAAAGAUCAAGACCAGCUUGAGGAGGCUCAGGGAUUACUAAAGAGCGCUGCAAAAACUGGCCAGUCAAAAGAAGCUAGAUUAGCUCGGGUAUGUGCUGGACUUUCAUCCCGUCUUCAAGAAUAUAAAUCUGAGAAUGCACAGCUAGAGGAGCUUCUUGUUCAGGAGAGAGAGAAAUGUAGCUCACAUGAAGCUCAUAUAAAGCAACUACAGCAAGAACUAUCAGUAUCCAGAGUACAAGGUUCACGAGUUGAAUCUAACAUGGUUGAUGCUUUGGCUGCAAAAAACACUGAGAUUGAGUCCCUAGCUAAAUCGUUGGACUCUUGGAAGAAAAAAGCAGCAGCUUCAGAAGAAAUGCUUGCAUCUUUACAGGAAGAUAUGGAUGGCCUUAAGAGGAACCGCGAGCUUACUGAAACCAGGAUCAUCCAGGCUCUACGAGAGGAACUUUCAACCGUGGAGCGGAGGGCUGAAGAGGAGCGUAUUGCACAUAAUGCUACAAAGAUGGCAGCUGUUGACAGAGAAGUAGAAUUGGAGCAUCGGGCUGUCGAGGCAUCAAAUGCUCUUGCUAGAAUCCAGAGAGCUGCUGAUCAAAGCUCAUCGAGAGCAAUGGAAUUUGAGCACAAAGUAGCUGUACUUGAGGUUGAAUGUGCUUCACUGCACCAAGAACUUCAGGAAAUGGAAGCUCGUAAUCGCCGUGCUCAGAAAAAGCCUUCCGAAGAUGCUAAUCAAGCUCUUCAGAUACAGGCAUGGCAGGAGGAAGUUGAGCGAGCACGGCAAAGCCAAAGAGAGGCAGAAAGCAAGAUAUUAUCCUUGGAGGCUGAGUUGCAGAAGAUGAGAGUUGAAAUGGCUGGAAUGAGAAGAGACGCAGAGCAUUAUUCUAGACAGGAGCAUGUUGAGCUAGAGAAGAGAUACCGUGAGCUCACUGAUUUGCUGUACCACAAGCAAACACAGUUAGAAUCCAUGGCCAGUGAAAAAGGUGCAUUAGAGUUCCAACUGGAGAAAUCAUUGAAGCAAUUCCAUGAAGUGCAGGUAGAAGCAGAAAGGAGUAGGGUUUCUCGCAGAUCAGCAUCAUCAUGGGAAGAAGAUACUGAUAUCAAUGCGCUAGAGCCUCUUCCUCUGCAUCAUCGACACAUGGCAACGGCAAAUCAUCAGUUACAAAAAGCUGCGAAGUUUUUAGAUUCAGGGGCUGUGAGGGCAACAAGAUUUCUGUGGCGGCAUCCUGUUGCCCGAGUCAGCCUUCUAUUCUAUCUGGUGUUUGUGCAUUUGUUCUUGAUGUACUUGAUGCAGCGCCUGCAGGACUUUGCAGCAGAAGAGACCGUGAAAUCGUCCAUGGGGGACCUGGCCAAUGUGAAGUUGCCAUAGGCUUUACAGCCUAUCCCCACCCCCUCAGGGAUCUAGGCAUUGCUAUUAUAGCUCUAUACGCGGCCCUUAUAUGUUCCUACGGGAUUUCGACGAUUGCCUGUGAAAUUCCUGUGUUCGAAAUAGGCCAGCCAUUAAGUUUUUUUCUUGGUUUGAUGCGGUGUUAACCCAGCUACAAUUUUUUCCCUUCCCCUCCCCUCUCGUUUGUAAAGUAGUAACGUUCUUUGGUUGACCGUGGGCUAUAUAAUCCAUUCUUUAACACUUAUAUUGAUCACAAACGUAGCAGUUUGACCCGAUAAUAAUAAUAUAUGCGUCAUACAGGCCACUUAGAGCCUAUUCUUGUA